AUGAGCGCUCCUGAGACUGUCCCCGCUGCCGAACCCGUCGUCGUGACCUCUGAGGUCAAGGAGGAGCUGCCUUGCGAUAUCGCGACGCUCAAGACGUUCGAGUUCGACCGUAUCCUUUCCGAGGCGACGACAGAGCUUUCCAAUCAAGUUCACAGCAGGCUAACUCCAGGCCCUACUUCGGUGUACCUGUACGGCACCUUGCACGGCGAGCCUGCCAUCAUCCACGUCGCGCGCACCUCGCUCGACACGAAACGCGCACCUCAGCUCGUGAAGGAGGGGCUCGAGAACCUCGACGUGUUCCUCGACAACCGUCCCUACUUCUCCGCGCAUGCCCUUCUGCAGCGCACGCCCGACUCACUCCCCGAUCUGGCGCUGAAGCUCAUCUGGCCCGCGACCUCCGUCCACGUGAAAAAGUACACGGCCCAGCCGCGCAAGAUCCUGCACGAGACCCCUGAGACGUACAAGGCCGUCGUGGAGCCUUACAUCGAGUCCUUCCCUCCCGAGCGUCUCGAGUGGGUCCGCGCCAUCCUCCAGGGGCGCAAGGAGGCCGAGCGUGUCGUGUAUCGCUCGCCCGAGCUGCCUCUCGUCGGCGCUGAUGGUGCCAACGCCGCCGUCGAAGGCGACAAGAACGGCAACGAGGACGUCGACAACACCUUCGUUCUCGUCCCGGACCUCAAGUGGGACGGCACGACUGUGCGCCAGCUGUACCUCACUGCCAUUACUGGUGACGGGCGUAUCCGCUCCCUCCGUGAUCUGCGUGCUGAACAUCUGCCCCUGCUCAAGGCUAUUCGCAAGCAGGCGUAUAUCAGCGCGAAGGAGAAGUACGGCGUUGAGAAGGGCGACCUUAGGAUGUUCAUCCAUUACCAACCCAGCUACUACCACUUCCAUGUGCACAUCGUGCACGUCGCUCACGACAUGUUGGCUGGCAUGGCAGUGGGACAGGCGCACCUCCUCGACGACGUGAUCAACUGGCUCGAGAUCGCCCCCGACCUCCCCCAAAAGCUGACGCUGACCUACGCCCUCGGCGUCGAGCACGGGCUGUACGCCGCGCUCGCGCAGGCGCCCGAGAACCAGGCGGACCCCACUGCCUCGGGCGUCAAUGCUGCCUCCGCUGGACCCGAUGCCGAUACCGAUGUCGACGCCGACGGCGCCGAGACCGACGCUGCGGAUGAAGAUGGGGAGAGGGACGCGAAGCGCCGACGCGUCUAA